CGCUGCCACCACCUCCACCGCCGCUCCACCAGUUCCAGCUGCUGCCGCCGUCGCUUCCUGAGGCUGGGUCAGCCCGAGGUCCCGGCGGCUCCAGGUGCGUUUAUCCAGCCGGCUCCUGCCCGCACCCGCCGCCUUAGCUGUCUCGGGCUCCUCGCCCCGCUGCCGAGAUGGCGACGCGUUCCUGCCGGGAGAAGGCUCAGAAGCUGAACGAGCAGCACCAGCUCAUCCUGUCUAAGCUGCUGAGGGAGGAGGACAACAAGUACUGCGCCGACUGCGAGGCCAAAGGUCCCCGAUGGGCUUCCUGGAAUAUUGGUGUGUUUAUUUGCAUCAGAUGUGCUGGAAUCCAUAGAAAUCUUGGGGUUCAUAUAUCCAGGGUCAAGUCAGUUAACCUAGACCAAUGGACACCAGAACAGAUACAGUGUAUGCAGGAUAUGGGAAAUACUAAAGCAAGACUACUGUAUGAAGCCAAUCUUCCAGAGAACUUUCGAAGACCACAGACAGAUCAAGCAGUGGAAUUUUUCAUCAGAGAUAAAUAUGAAAAGAAGAAAUACUAUGAUAAAAAUGCGAUAGCUGUUACAAAUAUUUCUUCCUCUGAUGUUCCCCUUCAGCCUUUGGUAGCCUCUCCUUCUCUACAAGCUGCUGUUGAGAAAAACAAAUUGGAGAAAGAAAAGGAAAAGAAAAAGGAAGAGAAAAAGAGAGAAAAAGAACAAGAAAAGCCUGCAAAACCUCUUACAACUGAAAAGCUGCAGAAGAAAGAAGAUCAGCAAUUAGAGCCUAAAAAAAGCACCAGCCCUAAAAAACCUGCAGAGCCCACUGUUGAUCUUUUAGGACUCGAUGGUCCUGCUGAGGCACCAGUGGCCAAUGGGAACACGACCACAGUGCCCACUCUGAAUGAUGAUCUGGACAUCUUUGGACCAAUGAUUUCAAAUCCCUUACCUGCAACUGUCAUGUCCCCAGCUCAGGGGACGUCCUCUGUACCAGCAGCUGCCACUGUGUCUACAGUACCAUCUGGGGAUCUGGAUCUCUUCACUGACCAAACAACAAAGUCAGAAGAGGUGGCAAAGAAACAGCUCUCCAAAGACUCCAUCCUGUCUCUGUACGGCACAGGGGCCGUUCCGCAGCAGAGCGCUCCUGGUGUAUUUAUGGGACCCACAAAUGUACCAUUUACCUCACAAGCACCAACUGCAUUUCAAGGUUUCCCGUCGAUGGGCGUACCUGUGCCUGCGGCUCCUGGCCUCAUAGGAAACGUGAUGGGACAGAGUGCGGGCAUGAUGGUGGGCAUGCCCGUAUCCAAUGGGUUUGUGGGAGGUGCACAGACUGGCGUGGUGCCACUGCCGCAGAACGUGAUCGCCCCCCAAGGCGGAAUGGUGGGGCAGAUGAGCGCGCCCCAGAGUAAGUUCGGCCUGCAGCAAGCCCAGCCGCCCCAGUGGAGCCUGUCACAGAUGAAUCAGCAGAUGGCUGGCAUGAGCGUCGGCAGUGCGAACGCCGCCGCGGGCUUCGGCCAGCCCCCCAGCACCACGGCAGGGUGGUCUGGGAGCCCGUCAGGUCAGACUCUCAGCACGCAGCUGUGGAAGUGAAGACUGCAGCGCUCGUUUGGGCCGGAACUGCCACCUGACAUUCCUUGCUGAAAUGCAUCCAGUACCCCAGUUUGUUCCUGUACAUACAUAUUUUUUCUUUUUCCCCAUUGGUUCACAUUAAGAAUGAUCAGAUUGACUGUGUUGGUUUGUACUGCUGAAAUUUGAUGUGGUGAAAACCAGGUUGAGAAACUGUUUUAUGUCAAGGGCAGCUUUGCUCAUAUUUCCCAUAACUUCAUAAACCAUAUUAUUUGAGAAGCUGCUCAACUUGCAAAAUCAGUUUUACUCUCAGUAAAAUUAUAGCUCUAAUGUUUGCAUAUAAGGGAAAUAGUUAUCAUGUUAGUAAUACAUCUAACAGUAUAAACCCCACCCCCAAAUUAGCCAGUAAUCUUGUAGGAAGGUACUGUAUGAUCAGAUGUUUAAUCAUAUAAAUAGAAUGUAAAUGUGUCACUGAGCACCCUUUUCUGGUGUAUCAAAAUUCUUUUACUUCAUCAUUCACUUCACUGUGCUGUUGUUAUGAUGUGCUUAACAGGGAACAUGGUUAGUGAAAGGAAGAUAAACCUGGAUGUUACUGUAAAACUUAGUUUAAUGAAUAGAAUUCAAAUUUUGUCUGCCUCUCUUAUAAUUUGGAUCUCUUACUGUACAUAGUGCUAGCAUGAAGACCUUUCUCUGCACUAUAUGCGAACAGGGUAACUAAACAAAGCCACUUUAAAUCCUUGAAGGUAUAUCCAGGUUUAUGACAGUAAUUGUGUUUACAUUUUAUGGUGCCUAGUAUUGAAAAAAUGUUCUAUCCCUAUAUUAAAUAGAUGAAUCCACAGACCUUUUAUUUGUGGGUUUUAUUUCCUACAAUGUGUGCUGCCACCACCCUUGCAUAAAUUACUUAAUGUUGUGGAGUCAGGAAUUGGGGACGAAAUUUAGUUGACAAAAUACUUGUCAUCUGUUUCUAAAACCUGUUCAGUUCUAAUAAGGGCAAAUGGGGGAAAAAAGAAAAGUGUGUCUGAUACUCAGAAUGGUACUUGCAGUGUCAUUAGCUGUGCUGUGCAAAGAUCUUCCAGUUUAGGUAUAGAGGAAACAUGUAACACAGAGACAAACAACGUUUUAUACCGUCCGAUUAGCUUAUGUUAACUGACGAGCUCUGUUUAACCAGAUGUCCAUCAGGUGUCAAUAAAGGCUGUUGUACUGAAGUGAAA